GGGUCUUCUGCCGCUUGAUGAGCCCACAGUUGAGCGGUGAUGUCACAGUGUGCGCCGUGGUUCUUGCCAUUUGCACGGCAAGGAGCAGCCACUUGGGGAUACGGACGCCUGUUUACACGCGCCACCUCUCGGCUGGAAGCGCUGCUCAGACGGUCCCUUCCCGCCCCUAGGAUUCGGCCUCUGCCCCGCCCCGAAUUUGUGCGGCGCCCGCUGGCUUGGCAGAUUCCAGCGCAGAGAGGCUGGACUUGUAGGCGCAGCAGCUCCGGAGGCGAGCUGGACUGAGUGAGGGCCGGCAAAGGCCGGCGGGGACGCGACCAGGGCUAUGCUGGGCAAGGAUUACAUGCUGGCCAUCAUUCUGGUCAAUUGCGAUGAUGACCUGUGGGGGGACCAGAGUCUGGAGGGGGAGCCAGGUCUGCCCCCUGGCUGGAGGAAGAUCCGCGAUGCUGCAGGUACUUACUAUUGGCAUGUACCCAGCGGUAGCACCCAGUGGCAGCGCCCAACCUGGGAGCCAGGAGAUGCAGAGUCAGGAACGAGGACGGAGGGAAUUUGGGGACUUCGGCCCCCCAAGGGAAGAUCCUUCUCCAGCCUGGAGAGCUCACUGGACCGGAGUAACUCUCUGUCCUGGUAUGGAGAGGAAUCCCACAUCCAGAGAAUGGAGCCAGGGGCCAAGUGCUUUGCAGUCCGCUCUCUGGGCUGGGUAGAGGUACCUGAAGAGGACUUGGUGCCAGGGAAGAGCAGUAUCGCAGUCAAUAACUGCAUCCAGCAGCUGGCCCAGACCCGCAGCCGGGGCCAGCCCCCAGAUGGUGCCUGGGGCGAGGGCCAGAACAUGCUGAUGAUCCUGAAGAAGGAUGCCAUGAGUCUGGUGAAUCCCCUGGACCACAGUCUCAUCCACUGCCAGCCUCUGGUGCACAUCCGUGUAUGGGGUGUGGGCAGCUCCAAGGGCCGCCCGAUCUCUGACCCUGCCAGGGACUUCGCUUUUGUGGCGGGUGACAAAGACAGCUGUAUGCUCAAGUGCCAUGUGUUUCGCUGUGAUGUCCCUGCCAAGGCCAUUGCCAGUGCCCUGCAUGGACUCUGUGCCCAGAUCUUGUCAGAGCGAGUCGGGGUCAGUGGCGAUUCCCCUUGCUGCUCUCUAGACCCCAUCUCCCCUGAAGACCUGCCUCGGCAAGUGGAGCUACUCGAUGCCGUGAGCCAGGCUGCUCAGAAGUACGAGGCCCUGUUCAUGGGCACCUUGCCGGUCACCAAAGCCAUGGGUAUGGAUGUACUAAACGAAGCCAUUGGUACUCUCACCACCCGUGGGGACCGGGAUGCCUGGGUCCCUGCUAUGCUCAGUGUAUCUGACUCUCUUAUGACAGCACAUCCCAUUCAGGCAGAGGCUGGUGCAGAGGAGGAGCCACUGUGGGAGUGCCCUGUGCGCCUCGUGACCUUUAUUGGUGUUGGCCGUGAUCCACACACCUUUGGCCUCAUUGCCGACCUGGGCCGUCAGAGCUUCCAGUGUGCGGCCUUCUGGUGCCAGCCCCAUGCGGGGGGACUCUCCGAAGCUGUGCAGGCUGCUUGCAUGGUUCAGUACCAGAAGUGUCUUGUGGCCUCUGCAGCUCGAGGCAAGGCCUGGGGUGCCCAAGCCCGUGCCCGCCUGCGGCUCAAGAGGACCAGCUCUGUGGACUCCCCAGGAGGUCCCCUGCCUCUCCCCUUGCUCAAAGGAGGGGUUGGGGGUGCAGGGGCAGCCCCUCGAAAGCGGAGUGUCUUCUCCUUCCUUGAUGCCUUCCGGCUGAAACCCUCUCUGCUCCACAUGCCCUAAGUUAAUCAGGGAGGACUGGGGAAGGAGGCUCUGGGUCCAGGCCCAGCUCUAUCCCUUCAUUCCCCAGGGACCUGCAGCCUCUCACCCAUCAGAGCCUUUUCUGCCUGCCCCACUGACCCUUGUCCACUCUCUAUUUAUUGUUUAUAUAUGGAUGAUUGAGAGGCCCUGCACCACAACCUAGGCCCCUGGCUCUCCUCUCCCUGGGUCCUUGUUCUUGCCCCUCUUAAACCCUGGACAGUUGGCUCUACCUCAGCAACACUUUAUAACAAAAUCAGUACAAAUAAAAAUCCCUCAGUGACCUCACUGGAUGUAAGUAUAUUGGGCCUGGGACUGGGUCGGGAGUUAACCUGUAAGAGCUGAGUGUCUGUGAAUGUUCUUGGUGUUGGUGGCUGCCUGUAGUCACGUGAGGGCAUGGGUGUGUUGGCAGUCUGACUUCAUUCAUUUAACAAAUGUGUUUUCUAAGGUCUUCUCUGUGAUAGGCACUAAGGUCAGCACUAAAAUAGGGGCUCCACCUUCUGAGACUGUAUAAAUGAGUUAAAUAAACAAGCCAGAAAAUAAUACGUAGUGCAACUAGGAAAUCUCAGAGGGUUGUGGGAGCUCAGGUUAGACCCUGAACCUGGCCUGAGGCAUUACUAGGCUUUCUGAAAGUGUAUUCCAGCCUAGAGAGUGUAAAAUGUUCAGCGCAGUGGACAGAGGUUCUGGAAGUCCACUUGGUUAGAUCAUGGUGGGGCAGGAACUUUAGCUUAAAGUUGCUCCUGAGAGCACCUGUGAGAUUCGGAAAGACGGGACCCACGGAAACCCCCCUCAUUGGUACUACUUGGUCAGGAGCACACAUUUAUGAGUCCCUUAGGGAGUUGGAGCAGGGUCUUCACAGCGCCUCCCAGCGUUUCGGCACAACCCUCCAACCUGGAGAGCGCCAGGCAACCAGCUCUGCUGGGGGCGUGCUUGUCAGCGCUGCCUGUGCCCGCCCCGGAAGUGACGUGCUGCCCCGCUGGCCGGGCGGAAGUGGAGAUGGCGGAGCGGUACGUGAAGCCGGGCAACAAGGAGCGCGGCUGGAACGAUCCGCCGCAAUUCUCAUACGGGCUGCAGACCCAGGCUGGCGGACCCAAGCGGACGCCGCUCACCAAGAGGGUUGCCCCUCCCCAGGAUGGAUUGCCCAGAGUCCCCACGUCAGAGAUGUCACCUGGGGCCCCCGCAGUGGGGCAUCUGCCUCCUUCAAGUAAAGCUUCCAGGCCUCCACUUGGAGGGAGUUGUCCUCCCUCCAGCAUGGAGCCCACACAGUGCUCCGUCGUUGAGUUGGAGAUUCUGCUGGAAGAUGUACUGAGCCCUCUGGAACGAGCAUUGGAGGACUGCCGUGGCCACACAAAGAAGCAAGUAUGUGAUGACAUAAACCGACGCCUGGCUUUGCUGCAGGAACAGUGGGCUGGGGGGAAGCUGUCAGUGCCUGUGAAGAAGAGGAUGGCUCUGCUGGUACAAGAGCUUUCAAGCCACCAGUGGGACGCAGCAGAUGACAUCCACCGCUCGCUCAUGGUUGACCAUGUGACCGAGGUCAGUCAGUGGAUGGUGGGAGUUAAAAGAUUAAUUGCGGAAAAGAGGAGUCUUUCUUCAGAAGAGGAGGCCAAUGAAGGGAAAUCUACAGCCGCAGCUGAGCAGAACCAGACCUUGCCAGGCAUCCCACACACCCCAUAGUCCUGUGGGCUCCCGUCUCCUCUCACACCACUCCCAUGCCUUGGCACGGGAGGCCUUCUCUAACUCUGCUCCCUUGUACCACUUGGGAGACUGCCUGUUCCACUGAGGUCUUUGGCCUGACCCUUCUCUGGGCCACGGGGAGGUCACUUGUUACCUAUACUGUAAGCAGUUCAAUAAAAACAUCUCCACGU